AUGCGGCGGCCGCGGCGUUCGUGUGGCACCAGCCCGUCGCCUGUUAAUUCGUUACGGGACACUGGUAUUUUUAUCAACGGUAACGAACGCACGCGUUCCUUCGAGGCCAACGCCGACGAUGGCGAGGCGGUGGAAUUGGGGCGGGGGAGAGGCGAAGGGAGUUGUGGAGGAGGCGGGAAUGGCGGCCGGUUGGCUGAACCGGCGGCGGGGUUUGGGGCGAUGGAUGAAGGGCGAGGUGAAGGCGGCGGCAGCGGAGGAGGCAACGGCAGGAGUAGGAAUGGCGGCGGGGGUGGAAGAGGGAGAUGGAAACUGCUGGGCGAGACGAGGUGCAUACCGGCAGCGGGCGACGAGGAUGGAGUGGAGUGGCUUAGAUGGCAUGGGGCGGCCCGGGGGCCCAUGGUGCGGGGCGGGGCGGCUGCCGCUGCGCCGCUCCGCGCCACUGUUAAUUGCGGCGUCUUUUUCACAGCCGCUCGCGAGGAUUCGCACGCCGCCGCAGGCAGCCCUUACAAUGUGUGCUCUCCAGAGUACGUCACGAACGUGCACGCUUACACACACACACGCGCACGCGCAUUUCAAAUUGCACGUCUGCAACAGUACGUCGUAGAAGCGCGUAUCUCCCCUCGAGGGACGGGGCGGCGUACACGGCAUCGCGUUUUAACAGGACCGCCCACCCAAGAGGAAGAGCAAGGCGAUCAUGGGCUCCAUCGUGUACUGCAUCCACCACAAGGAGGGCUGCAACUGAAGCGGUCAGAACUCGGGGCCUCCCUCCUCCCCCACCUCCACUCCCGCCAACAACGGGUCACUCUAGCCACCGCGGCGCCCGCGGGCCGCACGACUUCGCAUAAUCGGCAUUGGGAGCCAGGACGGCGGACUCUGAGGAGGCUGGCGUACGGCGGCGGCUCGGGAGUGGCCGGAGUCGGGAGGACGGAGUGGGCGGAUGGGAGGGCGGGGGUGGGCGGCCGGAAGCGGGUGGGGUGGGCGGGGCGGUUUGGCACGGGCAGGCUAAUCACAUGUAGGAGGACGAGGAAAAGACCGCUGGGCGCCGCCAGCGCUACAACUGCGAGGAAAUGGACGUGGGACUGGCGGCGAUUCUGCGUUACCGGUUUCUGGAGCAGCCGGGUCAGAUAG